CCAUGCACAUCUCAGUCUGUGAGCAGCGGAGCACAGCGUGAGCUCUGGAGCGCAUUCUCGACAUGUACACCUGUAAGCCCUAUUCAUUCAGUCAUUCAGGGACGCAGCGUUCACGUGUGAGUGGCAGCCACGCCGUUGAGACGUGAACGGCAGCACAGAGGGUCUUAAAUCUGUCUUGAUGAAAUCAUCAGGCAGAGGCAGCGGAGGAGAAGGCGACAUGCGGAGAAGUGGAUGCUGAGCUCCACCACUCUACAAUUAAGGGGCUGGCACUGAGGACGCGACCCUACCCGAGGAUUGGAUAGCACCCGCCGGAUGCUGUGAACCAAAUGCGCUAGUUGUCACCCCCGACUCUGGUGCUCGUAUGUGCAGCGAACACGCUCUCCAUUCCCGGGAAGAGAACUUGAUGGAUGCCUCUGUUCAUCACAGCUGGCACAUCAGGGCCCAGCUCCAUUAUUAGCACCUUCAUCAUUAGCACAGCACAACGGGAGUAGACUGUGACCACAGUGGAUCCUUACUUAUUUCUGGAUAAUCUGACUGAACCGAACCACUGAGUCACACAGUCUCCUCCUUCUCCAGGCCUCUCCAUACAGAGCCGACAGGAUCCAUCCUUGAACUGACCAUGUGUGUUGGCUAGAAACAUAGGUAGUGACAUGACUCAGGUCUGACCCUGGAGAUGCCGAAGAGACGAGACAUCGUCGCCAUUGUGUUGAUCGUGUUGCCUUGGACACUGCUCAUCACCGUUUGGCAUCAGAGCGCCAUCACUCCUCUGCUUGCUACCCGUAAAGAUGACAGACGAGAUGGUCGCUCCAAAUCCAGGAAUACUUUUGCUUUCAAGGAGUCCUGCUCCCUUCAGAACCGGGACAUUGUGGAGGUGGUGCGCACCGAGUACGUCUACAGCCGGCCUCCACCCUGGUCUGACACCCUGCCCACCAUCCACGUCGUCACUCCCACCUACAGCCGGCCGGUGCAGAAGGCCGAGCUGACACGUCUGGCCAACACCUUGCUGCACGUGCCCAACCUGCACUGGAUCCUGGUGGAGGACUCCCAGAGGAGGAGCACUCUGGUCAGCCGUCUCCUACAGGAGACGGCAGUCAACUACACCCACCUCAACGUGGAGACGCCUAGGAACUAUAAGGUACGCGGGGACACAAGGGACCCCCGAAUACCCCGGGGUACCAUACAGAGGAACCUGGCCCUGCGGUGGCUCCGGGAGAGCUACAGAGUAAACAGCAGCCAGCCCGGGAUUGUCUACUUUGCAGACGAUGACAACACGUACAGUCUGGAGCUGUUUGAGGAGAUGCGUUCCACCAAAAAGGUGUCAGUGUGGCCCGUGGCCUUUGUGGGUGGCCUACGAUAUGAGUCGCCCAAAGUAAACACCUUGGGCAAGGUGUAUGGAUGGAAGACUGUAUUCGACCCCCACCGGCCCUUUGCCAUCGACAUGGCUGGGUUUGCAGUGAACCUGCGCCUCAUUCUGUCUAAACCUCAGGCUUAUUUCAAGUUACGUGGGGUGAAGGGAGGUUAUCAGGAAAGCAGCUUAUUAAAGGAGCUGGUCACUCUCAGCGAUUUGGAGCCUAAAGCUGCUAACUGCACUAAGGUAUUAGUAUGGCACACACGGACAGAGAAGCCUGUGCUAGUAAAUGAGGGCAAGAAGGGAUUUACAGACUCUAAUGUGGAGAUAUGACAUACUUCAUCUGACACAGGGGCAUUUCUCCAUUUGGAUUCUACCUGGAUUCAAACCAACCUCAGAGCUCCUUAAUUAGCAACAGCCAGGGUCAGAAAUAUUAUCACAGCACAGUAGGGUGCACUUCACCACCGCUUUGAAAUGGAGGCACACCUGUCCACCCCAGGAGGCAGCACAAGCCAUGUGCUUGAACGGACUACAGAGUAUCAAAGCACAACUGCACAAAAGCCAGCCGCCCCGUUCUGCUCAGAGCACUGGCUAAUGCGAGACACUGGUGAGAGUUGCCAAAAGGAGCUUGCCCACUGAGGUCUCCUCGGAGGGCUGAGACAAAGGAUGAUACGCGAUUUAAACUGCAGGAAGAGAUGGCACUGCACGCAAUAAAGAGCCCUCUGAGCGCAGACAACACCAGCCAGCCAACCAUCCAAUCAGCAUUAAAUAGGGCCCUUUUGUUCUGAAAGUGCUGUCCGGCACAGGGCUGCACAGAGGAAUAAAAGGGGCCCUUGUCUUACGUGAGUCAGCACUGACUGACAGACUGCACUGAGGGGAUCUGAGCCCUCCCCACUUGUACUGUACAACACUGAGCUAUUUAGAUAGCCCCCCGGACCCAGCAUUAAUUUGGAGGUCUUGUAACUCCUUUACACACAUUCUCAGCUGUCACACUGCACAUGGUGAGCACACGGACACACAUGCACUCAAAAAAAAAACACGGAGCAAUGAUUUAUUACAUUUUAACAGCAAUGUCCUCUCUUACAGUCAUUUACUCCAAGCUCGUUUAUUCCUGUUAUGCUGUAACACUACUGAGGUCUACUCACAUUUAAGAGAAGAUUCAGUAUCCCUAGGGCCCUGUCUACUUCACAGACAUCUUUGUAAGCUAAUUAAGAUCCCACUGAGUGAACGGAAGGUUUCUACGCAGAGUUAUUUAUUGUUUCAGAGUAGCUGGUGGUACCGUUCACUUGUUAGUCGUGAGCUAUGCAUGUGCGAGUAAAUGGGAUAUGAAGCCAAUUCUCAAAAAAUUGGAUGUGCAUCCUUUCAUAUGUGCUGUAUGCUGUAUUACACAACCUAAUUAUUUCCACCAUGGAUGGCUGGCUUGCAAGUGAUGAUUUCAUACCCCAUUGACUUGCAGUGGCACUGCUUACAAAUGCUAAUGUUCCCAGAGUCUGUUGCUGUUAGGAAUUUUCUCAGUUAUCGACGUGUCAGGCAUCUGAAACCUUGCACUUUCACUCAAAGAUAAUGGUCUGAAUUUGCUACAAUGCUGCUUGUGUUUCAUGUGAAACACUCCUGCCUAAGAUCAGAUUGUCCCAUAAGCCUGGUUUUUGUUUUACGUGUCCAUUUCAAUAACUGCAUUAUGCAGAAUAUUCACACAAGCAAUACAAAUCUAACAACAAUAUCAACUAUAACUGCCAUCCCCAAGCAGGAUCUCAAGAGAAAAUCUAUGGGGAAGAGAAUAUACUUGGUAAUUGCGCUCUAUGUGUAAAGAGUCACUGUAACUAAAGGUACUGUAUGUAUAUAGCUAUAAACUGCUCCCAUACAAA